CCAGUCUCCGGCAGGAGGGCGUGGAUCCCAGCGCCAGCCAGAGCAGGUCCAGCCUUCUCUCGACCAGUGCCAACAGCGGGAGGGGACUGGUGGGAUCUCCGUGGGCAGACCCGGCUGCGGAUCGGUGGGUAUCGGCCGGCGAGAAACUCCAGGAUCUGUCCCCCGCCGGACCCAGCUGCUCCCUCUUCCCGCUUCCAGCCAGCUUGGGGAGAAGUUUCCCGGAGGGAAGAUACGGGACAUAUCGGGUGCUGGAGGCGACUCAGGUUGUUCACAUUUUCUUCAGCUUUAAAUGAAAAGUAGGAGAAGACAUUAAGAUUUUCAAUCUUUCUAGGUUGUCUACUUCCUGAAGAGCAAUGGCGAAAAUUUUAAGUGGAAAAAGAUUAAUCCUAUCACUAUUUUUUCUUGUGUUAAAAUUGUCAACAGCAAUCGAAAUACCGCUCUCAGUUCAACAGGUUCCAACAAUCAUAAAACAGUCAAAAGUACAAGUUGCCUUUCCCUUUGAUGAGUAUUUUCAAAUUGAAUGUGAAGCUAAAGGAAAUCCAGAACCAGUAUUUUCCUGGACUAAGGAUGACAAGCCUUUUGAUCUUUCUGACGCUCGGAUAAUUGCAUCUAAUAAUUCAGGAACAUUCAAGAUUCCAAAUGAAGGGCACAUAUCUCAUUUUCAAGGGAAAUAUCGCUGUUAUGCUUCUAAUAAGCUAGGAGUUGCUAUGUCAGAAGAAAUAGAAUUUAUAGUUCCAAGUGUUCCAAAAUUCCCAAAGGAAAAAAUUGAGCCUCUGGAUGUAGAAGAAGGAGAUCCCAUUGUUCUCCCAUGCAACCCUCCCAAAGGCCUCCCACCUCUGCACAUCUAUUGGAUGAAUAUUGAAUUAGAACAUAUUGAACAAGAUGAAAGAGUAUACAUGAGCCAAAAGGGAGACCUGUACUUUGCAAAUGUGGAAGAAAAAGACAGUCGGAAUGAUUACUGCUGCUUUGCUGCAUUUCCAAGAUUAAGAACGAUUGUACAAAAAAUGCCAAUGAAACUAACAGUUAACAGUUUAAAGCAUGCUAAUGACUCAAGUUCAUCCACAGAAAUUAGUUCCAAGGCAAAUUCAAUCAAGCAAAGGAAACCGAGACUGCUGUUGCCUCCCCCUGAGAGUGGCAGUGAGUCUUCUGUCACCAUCCUCAAAGGGGACACUCUGCUGCUGGAGUGUUUUGCUGAGGGACUACCUACUCCACAGGUUGAGUGGAAAAAAAUGGGUGGUGAUUUACCAAAGGGAAGAGAAACAAAAGAAAACUAUGGCAAGACUUUGAAGAUAGAAAAUAUCUCCUACCGGGACAAAGGAAAUUAUCGUUGUACAGCCAAUAAUUUCUUGGGAACAGCCAAUCAUGAUUUUCAUGUCAUAGUGGAAGAGCCUCCUCGCUGGAGAAAGAAACCUGAGAGUGGAGUGUACAGCACCGGGAGCAGCGGCAUCUUGUUGUGUGAAGCUGAAGGAGAACCGCAACCCACAAUCAAAUGGAGAGUCAAUGGCUUCCCGAUUGGCAAUCAUCUAUUUGCGGGUGAUGUUGUCUUCCCCAGGGAAGUUAGUUUUACCAACCUACAUCCAAAUCAUACUGCUGUGUACCAGUGCGAAGCCUCAAACAUCCAUGGAACUGUCCUUGCCAAUGCCAAUAUUGAUGUUGUAGAUGUUAUUCCACUGAUACAAACAAAAGAUGAAGAAAAUUAUGCCACUGUGAUUGGGUACAGUGCUUUCCUACAUUGUGAAUACUUUGCCUCACCAGAGGCAAUAGUGACUUGGCAGAGGAUGGAUGAAGCACAAGCCCUUGAAGGCAGGCGGUACCGUAUCCAUGAAAAUGGUACAUUACAGAUCCUUGGAACCACCGAAGAAGAUGCAGGGUCAUACUCUUGUUGGGUAGAAAAUGCUAUAGGAAAAACUGCAGUCACCGCCAAUUUGGAUAUUAGAAAUGCUACAAAACUUAGAGUUUCUCCUAAGAAUCCUCGGGUCCCUAAAUCACACAUUCUUGAGUUACAUUGUGAGAGUAAAUGUGACUCACAUUUGAAACACAGUUUGAAGCUGUCCUGGAGUAAAGAUGGAGAGGACUUUGAAAUUAAUGGUACAGAAGAUGGCAGGAUAGUUAUUGACAGAGCUAACCUGACCAUAUCUAACGUGACUUUAGAGGAUCAAGGUGUUUUCUCCUGCUUGGCUCAGACUGCUCUUGAUAGCAUUGCUGAGGCCACCCAAGUAACUGUCCUUGAUGUUCCAGAUCCACCCAGAAACCUUCAGUUGUCUGAAAGACAGAACAGGAGUGUUCGGCUGUCCUGGGAAGCUGGAGCUGACCACAACAGCAAUAUUAGUGAGUAUAUUGUAGAAUUUGAGGGAAACAGAGAAGAACCUGGAAGGUGGGAGGAAUUGACUAGAGUCCAAGGAAAGGAAACUACAGCCUUAUUACAGUUAGCUCCAUAUGUGAGAUACCAGUUCAGAGUCACAGCCGUAAAUGAAGUGGGGAAGAGCCACCCUAGCCAGCCCUCUGACUACCAUGAAACACCACCAGCAGCUCCAGAAAAGAAUCCACAGAACAUAAGGGUUCAAGCUUCUCAACCCAAGGAAAUGAUUAUAAAAUGGGAGCCUUUGAAAUCCAUGGAACAGAAUGGGCCAGGCCUGGAGUACAGAGUGACCUGGAAGCCACAAGGAGCCCCGGUGGAGUGGGAAGAGGAAACAGUUACAAACCACACCUUGCGGGUUAUGACGCCCACUGUUUAUGCUCCUUAUGAUGUCCAAGUUCAAGCCAUCAAUCAACUUGGCUCUGGACCUGAGCCUCAAUCAGUGGUUCUGUAUUCUGGAGAAGACUAUCCUGAUACCGCUCCAGUGGUCCAUAGUGUGGAUGUUAUAAACAGUACAUUAGUUAAAGUUACCUGGUCAACAAUUCCAAAAGACAGAGUACAUGGACACCUGAAAGGAUAUCAGAUAAAUUGGUGGAAAACGAAAAGUCUAUUGGAUGGAAGAACACAUCCCAAAGAAGUAAAUAUUCUGAGAUUUUCAGGACAAAGAAACUAUGGGAUGGUUCCUUCAUUAGAUGCUUUUAGUGAAUUUCGCUUAACAGUCUUAGCCUAUAAUUCAAAAGGAGUUGGUCCAGAAAGUGAACCCUAUAUAUUUCAAACACCAGAAGGAGUACCCGAACAGCCAACUUUCCUCAAGGUCAUCAAAGUUGAUAAAGACACUGCCACUUUAUCCUGGGAGCAACCUAUGAAACUAAAUGGAAAUUUAACUGGUUAUCUAUUACAAUAUCAGAUAAUAAAUGAUACUGAUGAGAUUGGAGAGUUAAAUGAAAUCAAUAUUACAACUCCAUCAAAGUCCAGCUGGCAUCUCUCAAAUCUCAAUGCAACUACCAAGUACAAGUUCUACUUGAGGGCUUGUACUUCAAAAGGCUGUGGGAAACCAGUCACGGAGGAAAGUGCCACGUCAGGAGAAGGGAGUAAAGGUAUCAGGAAGAUAUCAGAAGGAGUAAACCUUACUCAAAAGAUUCACCCAGUAGAGGUAUUUGAGCCGGGAGCGGAACAUAUAGUUCGCCUAAUGACUAAGAAUUGGGGUGAUAACGAUAGCAUUUUUCAAGAUGUAAUUGAGACAAGAGGGAGAGAAUAUGGUGGUUUAUAUGAUGACAUCUCCACUCAAGGCUGGUUUAUUGGAUUGAUGUGUGCAAUUGCACUUCUCACACUAAUAUUGUUAACUGUUUGCUUUGUGAAGAGGAAUAAAGGUGGAAAGUAUUCAGUGAAAGAAAAAGAAGAUUUGCACCCAGAUCCAGAAGUUCAAUCAGCUAAAGAUGAAACUUUUGGUGAAUACAGUGAUAGUGAUGAGAAACCUCUCAAAGGAAGCCUUCGUUCCCUCAAUAGAGUUAUGCAGCCUACAGAAAGUGCUGAUAGCUUAGUCCAGUACGGAGAAGGUGACCACAGGCUUUUCAAUGAAGAUGGAUCAUUUAUUGGCGCUUACGCUGGAUCUAAGGAGAAGGGAUCUGUUGAAAGCAACGGAAGUUCUACAGCAACAUUUCCACUCCGGGCAUAAACUCAAAACAUGCACACAACAUUGCUGGCUCACCCCAACUUUUCAUACUUAUCUGUUCAAGGGAGCAAGAACUUUCAUAUGGGAAUCGAAACAUGUUGGCAGAUUGUAUCCAGAAUGUGACAUCCUGAAAUUAUGUUGACAGUUGCAUUGCCUUCAAAAACUAAAACAGCAACCACAUCAGUCUAUGUUUUGGUUUUGGUUUUGUUUUCAGGUUCUCCAAAUGCAAAACAAAUCCUGUAUUUAGACAUACCUUCUAUAAAUCCAAAGUACCCAUUUGAUGGACUACGUAUCUGCCUGAUGGUACUCACCAAUGUGUUUGCAUAGAUGUUGCUACCCUGUGGGUUUAUCUCUCUCUGUAUCCACAUUUGUAUUCAGUCUCUGAACUAUCUUAGUGACUGUGCUUCACUACAGGUUAAAUGAUUGUAAGAAAACUGGUUAUUUAAAAUGUAAAAAGGAAUAUGAAUGUCUUUUUAAAAUAGUGCAUUGAAUAUAUACAGUCUAAAUUUAUUAUUUAAUUUUUUGUAGCAAAAGUCUUAGGUAAACAAUCAACUAGUAUUUAUUGAGCUCCUAAUUGCCCAGAGAUAAUAAUGUUUAAACAGUUAUAGCUUUUUAGAUUUCAACAUGAAUUUUUAAUUUCCAUCAGUUAUGACAUCUACAAGAAUUUUCGUUUUUUUUUCUUUGAUUAAUGCAAGCUGCAAAAGGAGUAGUGGUCAGAACAUUAUUUUGUGAAGGACAGGAAUAAGGUGUUUGUUAUUUAGAUUCUAAUAGGUUUAUCUAUUUAAUAUCUUCUAAAUUCACUGCUUUUACUUAUUUGUAUGUUAUAUUAUUAUAUGCUUGCAUAUAUUUCAUGAAUGCAUUGUACAUAUGAUGUUAAUAUUUACACAAUUUAAAAUAUAGAUGUGUUUUAUUUUGAAGUGUGAGAUAAAUUCAUCAAUAGCCGUGACUGUACAGUUACAGCUUGUCAUUCCAUGGCUUCAACAAUAACAUAAGAUUCCAAAAUUGAAGACUGUAUAAAGAAUUUGGAUAUAUUACUUUUAUUCAACAGUCUCAAAAUAAGAUAUCAUACAAAUAUGGAGGGAAAUGUUUUCAUAUUUUUCAAAAUAAGUUUUUGUUAUUGAGUAUACUCCUACCCCAGCCAUAAUAAAGAAAUCUAUUUCUAAUAGCAAUUCCUAUGCAUCUGUUUGUCUGUAUCACAUUUUAAAUGUAUUUAUGGUAAUUUUUUUUUUCUUUUCUAUAUUUUCCAUUUGUGAAAGUUAGUAUAAAUUCAGAGAAUUUAUUUCCUGGCAUGUGGGCUACUUAUCCAUUUAAAAUGGCACAUGAAAAUAUUUUAGAAAUGGUGUAAAAAACUAUGCAUACAUUUCAGUAAAAUUAGUGUUCAACUUCUUAUUUUAUGGAAACAAUUUUUAACCUUAUCCUGAAAUUAUUAACUAUGUUUAUGAAAUUGAUUCACAGAUAUGACUUUAUUAUUUGAACUACAAUUAAUGAUGUAUACUGUUAAAACCUCCAUUUUGAUUUUUAGGAUCCAUUAUAUUUCUUGGGGAUGAAAAUCAGGGGCAUUUAUAAUGGUCAAUGUAGUAAUGCACGUAGGAUAUCUAGUUGUCCUUUUUAACCUUAUGUGUCCUCUAAAAUGUAUAGGAGAGAAAAGUAUGUCUUAUUUCAAAACACACUUAAUGGGCUCAGAGUUUGCCCACAUUCCAGGAAGUAAACAGUCAAAGGGGAAGGCACCCUGGUCCUCCACCUGCAUGAGUGUAAGGAUCUAUGCAUGCAUCAGUGCAAUUUGAACUCCAUCUCCAUUUCUAAGACACAACUUUUCUGGAAGAAUCAUCAUGUGUUCAUAUUUGGGAGUAAUUUGUGGUGCUCAGAUACUGAAGAGGUGAAAGUGAGGACUUUCAGGUUUAAUUUUGCUGUUAUUCUAUUUUCUCAUCUUUGUCAGCAGCCAAAAAUUGAUCUCAACAGGGCCAUGCAAGCUAGACAUUGUGUUUAAAAACUAGAUUGUAUAUUCAUUAGAAAUUUAAUCAUCUCUAAGUUAGAAGUUAACACAAUUACUGACAUGUUUGAUCUUUGUGGACUUCCUUAUUCUCCUUUAGCUGCCUGAGAAACAAGGGUUUUCUAGUCAUAGCCUCAGAUGAUCAAAACUUAUAAGCAUGAAAAAUGAGACUGGAUUAUGACUAACUUUUGUUAUCACUCUUUGGUCCCUUUCCUCAAUACUAUUUAACUUCUACUGAGAAUCUGCAGCACAACAGGAAUAGUCCAUGGCUUUCUCUGUUGGUAGUUAUGAAAUUAUAUUCUUCAUAUAUUUUAUGAAUCAAAAUGAGUAUUAAAUGAAAAAAUUCCAAGUGGUUUAAAAUGGAUUUUAUUAAUUUCCUUCAGAAAUGAAUAAAAGAAUCUAUGAUGUUCAAUGAUUAGUAUAAAUGGGCAAUAAUUACUUACAAAAUGCCACUGAGUGAAGAACAACAGAAAAUAUUUAGAAAAAAAUUUUUUAACUGGCUUUGCAAUAACUUUCUGGACUCUACUCCAGAUAGUAUUUAUUGUCAUAGAUUGUAUAUAACUUCAUGGAUUGUGGAUAGGGAUCAGGUCAUGCAAGGUGGUACAUGGGUCAGGAAAGUCCAAAUUCUCUUCCUGGUUCCAGCACUGAAGUUGUACAUAAACCCUAGGGGUUGCUUAACAAUUUUGCUUCAAACUCUCUCAUCUAUAAAGUGCUUAUAAAUCUUUGUCACAGGGUGUUCUUUUUAUAAAGCAAAAUUUGCAAAUGAUAAAAGUUAAGAUGCCUUCUAACUUCAUAAACAAAUCUGUAAUUGAAUUAUAUAUCUAAAAUCACACACACACACCAACUCAACUUUUUUCCUGUGAGCACAUAAAUAUAUUUUUAUAGAAAAACAAAUCUACAGAAAAGAAACUAAAUCUACUGUUCACUGGGCAGUAUGAUUUGCACAUGCCAUUGAAAAUUAUUAAUCAAAAGAAAAUGAAGCAGGGUCUUUGCUACACAAAGGUGUUUUCCACUAAUUUUGCAUGCUUAUUUAUAAGAAAAUAUGAAUUUGGUGAAUUUAUUCUAUUGAAAGAAAGGCAUCUGAUAUUUUAGAGGUAAUCGUGUUUAUAAAAAUGUAGAGCACAAUGGAAUUAUGCUGGAAGUCUCGAAUAAUAUUUUUUCCUAUUUUAUAUUCGUGGAAGAGAUAAGAAAAAGAGAGGACAAUAAUGAGAAAUGUUGGUGUGUUUUCUAAGCAUUUAAAACAUAAUUGCCAAUUGAAAUGCUAAAUAUGUUUACGUGCCAUUAGGAUACAAUUCUUGUUGAAACUUUACAUUGGUUUUAAUGGGAUUGGGUUUGUAAUCUGUGGUAGUAUAUAUCCUAGUGUUCUUAUAGUGAAAUAAGUAGGGUUGAGCCAAAGCAUACUUUGUUUUGUAUCUUAAAUUGUUUUAUUGCAUCAUCAAAAAAGAUAAAUGUAGAGCAGGUGCACUUGAUUACCUUUUUUUACUUCGAGUAAUAUCCGUAGUAAACUUUAUUAAAAGUGUUUGUAUUGUAGAUGGUGUUUGUAUUAUGUUUAUGAAUAUGUAUGAUUGAAAAAUCUUUUCAUUACACAUGAAAUUCAGCUUUCCAAAUAAAAGUUCAACUUCAUGUACCCUAAAAAUGUUUGUAUUGUUUCUAUCCAUUUAAGAAAAAUUGGAAUUUACAUAU